UCAAAGGUCGAAAAAUUAAAGGUAAAUAAAUUAAAUAACCUAACUUUUUAUUUACUUUUACAAACGUAGUUUGAAAAUUGUUUGUGAUUUCUAAGCUUUCUAUUUUAUUAUCUGAACAGUUGUCUAAUUUGUAUUUAAUUUGUGUUGUAGCUAUUCAACCCGAUGUUGUAAGUCCCGUAGGCCUAGCGAAAAAUGGAAUAAAAUGUCAUCAUGACUAAGCAUAAUUCUUUGUCAGUAAGAUUACUUUGCUUAACUCCUUGUUAUUCUUAAGAAAUAUUUGUUUUUUGAUCAAAAUUAUGGCUCCUGAAGGAAAAAGAAGUGAAAGAAAAAGUCUCAUGGAACCCUUAUCACCAAGUCCAGUUUUGGAUAUCAGUGAUGACGAAUUGGUGACAAUUUCCGUCCGUGACUUGAACAGACAGCUGAAGAUGAGGGGCUUGACACGUGACGAGAUCCUGCGCAUGAAGCAAAGGAGGCGAACCCUCAAAAAUAGGGGAUAUGCUGCUAGCUGUCGUAUCAAACGCAUAGAACAGAAAGAUGAACUGGAAACGGAAAAAGUGCAAGAAUUCAGAGACAUGGAAUUGAUGCAAGAAGACAAUAUGGCCAUGCAUGAAGAACUGGAUACACUGUGUGCUAAAUAUCAGGCCCUGAAAAAGUUCGCAAUCAUGAAGAAAAUUCCGAUACCUUUGGAAUUGGAAUCCAUUCGAUGAUUUAUUUCAAUUCCAAUCAAGACUUUGAGCUAUAAGUUUAUGCUGUAAGUUGUCCGGCUUGAAACCUGGGGAAUUGCUCUACUCAAGUUGUUAAUAAUUACUUUAAGUAAGUUCGUUCUAACGGGUAUUUUUGGGGGUUGUGAAGUGAUACAUCCUCAAAUAUUUUUCAGCCUUUAUAAAAAUAUUCAAUGCAUCCAUAUAAAUGAUGUUUUAUUCAUUCAUAUAUGCUGUAAUAGAUAUAGCUUAUAAUAACAAAUUUUGUGUUUGAUAUUACGUGUGUCUGUGAAUGACUUUUGUUUUGUAGGGUACUUUAUUUCAGUACCGUUAGUCAAUUAUUUGAUUCUUUACUAAUGUAGUGACUUAUUCAACUGAUUAAUCAUUAUGUAACGAUUUUUUUCUAUAAUAAUGUUUCAAAUUUUGUUGAAAAACUGCUUUGGUUGAAGAAAAUUUCUGUAUUUCAUAUUGAAAUCGACCAAUCCCUUUCGUAUUUUUAUGAUAUUGUUUUUAGUUACUCUUCCCUAUUUAUGAAUUAUAAAUGAAUCCACAGUAUUUAUUUUUCAAUAUAUUAUUUUUUGUGCUG